UUGCGGGUUCCUCUUAUCUAUGAAACUCUGACGACAUCUCGUGCUUUUGUUUUUGUUUUGAUUUAGAUAGUAAAUUGGUUCCGGUGUCAGUUUUAAUGUUACAAGUUUUCCGAAAUGGCCUCUGCUACUUUAGAAACUUUUUGUUGCAUGUCAGUACAAGUAGAACCUGAGUUAUUACUACGCCUGCCAUUUCAAUCUAUACCUUACAAUAUUGUUUGUAUUAUAUCUUCCCUUCUUGGAAUGAUUGGUGCUGUCUAUCAGGUUUUACCCUCUGCUGUAUCUUCUCUUCCUCAUCGUCACCGGAGCAUUGGAGUGAUACAAAAAGCUAUUAUCAAUUGGUUGGCAAUGGCAGAUUUCUUUGCUGCUUCUGGUAUUCUUUUACGAUCCAUGUUCUGGCUUUGGAGGGGAAGUAUGAUACUGGAAAGUCAUGUAGAUAUUAUACUAUGUGCUGUCUUUGCGUUGUGGAUUCGUAUUUUCUACACUGCAACUUAUAUGUGGACUUUGUUAUAUGCCAUAGAUGUCUUUCUUGUUUGCAAACAAAAGAGUGGGAAUCCAAUUUUGUAUCAUGUUAUUACUUGGACUACAUCUGUUUUUAUGUCUUUCAUUGGUUUGGGGACAUUAUACUUGCCUAAUUUUAUCUGCCAUAAUGGAGUUUACAGAGUGUUACCUAACUACAUGUUGUCUUAUGUUCCUAUUCUGUGUGUCAUGAUUGUUAAUCCUAUAUUGUAUUAUAUAUCUUCUAAAAAUGUAAGAGUCUUGCUUACCGGAGGUCUUGGUCAAUUAACUUAUUUAGAACACAAUCUACUCGCUGCCUUGAAGGAAAAGUUUUUCUGCAUUGUCUUAGUAUUUUAUGUUUGUUGGAUUCCUAAUAUAAUCAAUGGUAUUUUACUAUGGGGCUUUUGGACUAACUUGCCUAAAAAUGUUAUUCUAGGUGUAUGGUUUGUAAUGGCUAGUUUAAAUCCACUUCAAGCUAUUUUAAACUCACUGGUUUAUAAAGGAUGGGAAGGUUGCGAUGGUUUGUGGAAAAGUCUAAAAACUUGUAUGUGCUGCUGUUGUCAGGAGCCACCACAUCCUGGACUGUUAAUUGAUGUUACAUCAUCUGAUCAUCAGCCGUCUCCUGAAAGACCUACUUUAUCUACAAAUAACAACACAAACAAUCAUUUUGAUUGAUUCUUCAUAUUAAGAUUGUAUCUGAACCAGGGCUGAUUGUGCUCCGGAAAAAAUCCGGAUUUCUGGAUUUUUUGCUAACUAUGAUUUGGAAGUUUCCGGAGAUCGAAUGUUCAGACGUUUAAAAAAAUCAUUGAUCACAAAAGUUUCCGGAAAUCAAAUUUUCAAAGGUGGAACUUAAGAACACAGUUUAUUUUAUUUCUUUCUAUGGGAGAGCCAGAUACUUUAUAAGGUUAUAUUCAAGAUUAAUAUUCAUUUUUUAUCAGUAAAUAGUUAUUAUAAUUAUAAACUCAAGGAAGGAAGACAUAUUUGUAAACUUCAAUUACUUCCCCAGGUCUUUCAUAGGUAUGUGUAAAAUUUUAAAUAUAUUUUAAGUAAACUAAGAAAUAUUGAGAAAGAGGAAAAAACCUUGUUUAAAUUUUUUUUGAAUUAUUAGAUUUAAAUUUUUUUUUUUUUUACUCAAGAAAUUUUCCAGAAUUUUGACUUGGGCUCACAAUCACCCCUGAUCUGAACUUACUAGUACAACCUAUUCUAUCUACAAAUAACAACAGAAAAAAAUUAUUUUGAUUGAUUCUUACCAUUCAGAUUGUAGCUGAUCUUAAUAGUGCAACCUAUUUUAUCUCCAAAUAACAACACAAACAAUCAUCUUGAUUGAUUCUUACCAUUAAGAUUGUAGCUGAUCUUAAUAGUACAACCUAUUUUAUCUCCAAAUAACAACACAAACAAUCAUUUUGAUUGAUUCUUACCAUUAAGAUUGUAGCUGAUAGAGAAAAAAACACUAUAUAAGCAAAUUUUUAAAAUUUUCAUUAUUAUAUUUUUAUUUUAUUUGGUUUCAUGCUGAAUAAGAAUAGUUAUUAUUGUUGUACAAUUUGUCUUUUACUAUACUAGAACAAAUAAUUGAAACUUUUAGAUUGAAAUUAGAUAAUUAUUUAUUUAGAAAAUUAUUAAAGAACUAUCAAUUAAUA